AUGGCACCGACCGAAAACGGAAAGGGUGGAAUCGAAAAAUCGAUGGGCAUUCCCGAAAUACUUAACGGUGGCGAUGAGGAACGCAAGGAAGAUCAGCACGAUCCAGAAGCACAGCCGCUUUCGAUUGAAGUGACCAACGAAAAGUUAACGCCUACGAACGAACCUAACCAACCAUUAGCGACCGUUGGUUGGAAGGAUGCAUAUCAGCAGAUACUUGCUACAUGUUUGGUGAAUUUGAUCGUCGUCCAGGCGGGCAUUAACAUGACGUACUCAGCCAUUCUUCUGCCGCAGCUUUCCGAACCGGACAGUCCAAUCUUGAUCGGGCGCAAUGAAGCAUCUUGGAUAGCGUCGGUAGUGACGAUCGCUUUGCCGCUCGGUUCACUCGUCGUUGGCCAACUGAUGGAUCAGUUCGGACGGAAGAAGAUCUCGCUGGCAACUUGUGUUCCGUUUGCGCUCGGUUGGGUUUUGAUUGCUGGAGCCUCGAACGUCGGUAUGAUCUAUGUGGCGCGCAUAAUCUUGGGUACGUCCGGUGGACUAACAACCGUCGCACUGGUGUACGUGAGCGAAAUUUCACACGUAUCCUUGCGCCCGAUGUUGCUGUGUGCGAACAGUGUGUUUGUUUCGUUCGGUAUUCUGCUUACCUGCGUUUUAGCGGUAUUCUUUGACUGGCGAGCGAUAGCUUACAUUUUUGCAGGAUUUUCCAUUGUAACGUUUCUGUUGAUUCUGCUAAUUCCCGAAUCUCCACAUUGGCUGAUUACGUUCACCAAGAAGGAUCCCACCAAAGCCCGGAGCGUUCUUUACUGGUUGUACCGCAAUAAGAAGCUGGCCGAGGAACAGUUUCAACAAAUUGUUUCAAACACAACACCGACGCGUCAGUCUCAUCCGGCGAUCGGAAAAGCAAAGAGUGCCAUAAACUCACUGUCGCUAAAGGUAUUCCUUCAGCCACGUGUUUACCGUCCAAUGACCAUCCUGCUGCUGGUGUUCCUGUUCCAGCAGCUGUCCGGUGCGUAUGUGCUCAUCUUCUAUGCACUGAAUGUGUUCCAGCAGAUUAACGAAGCAACGCUGGAUGAUGAAGAGCCGGGUGCCACGUUCAAUCAGUACACCGCACUGGUAGUGUUGGGCUUGAUACGCUUCAUCAUGUCCAUCAUAACGUCCGGCUGCUCGAGAAAGUAUGGCCGACGUCCAUUGCUCUGCAUCUCGGGACUGGCCAUGGGUGUGUGCAUGAUAGUUGGCGGCCUGUACCUUGAUUUAUUGCACACCCGGUUGGGUAAUACAGUGGUCGGUAGUUACAUCUUGCUGGCAUGCGUGCUAGGAUAUGUUUGCUUUAGUGCUCUCGGUUAUCUUGUGCUACCCUGGACGAUGAUUGGAGAACUGCUGCCGACAGAUGUUAAGGGAAAGCUUGGCGGCUUAACCGUUUCGGUGGCGUACGUACUAAUGUUCGUUGUGGUCAAGAUCUUUCCUUAUCUACUGGAGCAAGUUUCAAUACGCGGUGUAUUCUAUCUGUACGCCGGCACGUGUUUUGCUGGAGUGGCCUACAUCUACUGUUACGUACCGGAAACGUUUGGCAAAAGCUUUGCCGAGAUCGAGCGAUACUUUAUCGACAAACACCACCGGCGAAGAGAUCCCGCCGGACAACCGUGUGCCACACUUAGACAAUAG